GGGCAGAGAGAGAGGUGGGGGCCCGGGGUCGGUGACGAGCGAGGGCGCAAGGCUAGCGUCGACGGGCACGGGAAAGAAAAAGAGAGGAGGCUCCGACACGCCCCCCACGCUCCCCGUUAGUAGGAGCCAAGAAUAUAUAAAGUGAGGCCGCAGUGGAAAGGGAGAAGAGAAAGCGAGAAGAAAAAGAGAGCCAAAGAAAGAAAGAAAGACCUCCUCCCUCUUUCCCUCUCUCUCUCUCUCCCCCGUCCGUCGCCACGCGCUCAAAACCCUCGCAUCUCCAUUAUUCGAAACCCCUCCCAUGUGAGCCUCUCCAAGCGCCGUCGCGAUAAGUUCUCUCCCCCGGCUCGACCCACUCCUUCUCCAAUGGGAGCUUUGAAUCCCUAGUCCCUCUUUUGUCGUCUGCGUCUUGGUCGCUCUAUCUUGCAGUCUUUCUUCGUUGUCUCUUGAGGAAUUACUUUUGAUUUUUGGAUUUCUGCAUUAGCUCUGGUGCUUUGGAAACAUUUUUUUAGCUAUUUUUAAAGUUUCUAUCUGUUUUUUCUGAUAUUUUUGGCCUCUUCCUUUUUUGGUUUUAUUUAGUGUUGAAUGGAAGCUGUUCGAUAGUUGUCUUGUUGAAAGCCCUGAUGUUACGCACAUCCUCUUGCUUUUUUUCGAUUGGUCUGUUUGUCGAGCAAAGCGAGGGUUGUGAUCGCUCUGUAUUUUUUUUUUGGGUUGGAGAUGGAGGUGUUAGAAGUAGUUUGCUGAUAAGGUCGGAUGCGAGUAGUAGUGUGUUAAGUUCUGCAUUCACGCUCUAACUCUCCGUUUUUUUUUUUUCAAAGUUCUGAUAGUAUUACUAAAAUCUUUAGAGUAUGAUUUGAAUUCAAGGUUGAAUAUUUGGUGAAGUACAAUGUGAAAUUUUUGUUUUUUAUUUUUUGUUAAUCAAUGGGCAUUGAAACACUUAAUUACUUAAGUGCAAGGAUUGAGUUAGUUAUUUGAUCAUGAUGCCAGAAAACACGGUUAUUUAUCUGCUUGUUUCCCAAAUUUUAGAUCCAAGUCUAAGUUCAAAGACUUGAUUUUGGUACUGUUUCUUGGUAAAAGAAUUGAUUGUCUGUAUCACCUUUUUUGUUCUCUAUUGUUUCCAGAAACGGAACUGGAAGUGCUUAUCAAAUGGCAUGGACGAAGAUGAAUGUUGGUAAUGGGAGAGAGGGCGAUGCCGUGGCAUCAGAGAAUGGGUGCUUAAAAGGGCUGAGGUCUUCCUCCGAUGGAGUUGUACCACCAACCCAACUUCCUCCUCUUAAGAAGAGGUUUGAAGGGAAAGAUGCGCUCUCAUAUGCCAACAUCCUUCGGUCGCGAAACAAGUUUCCAGAUGCACUUGCAUUGUAUGAUAGCAUCCUUGUGAAGGACAGCGCCAAUGUGGAGGCCUUGAUAGGCAAGGGGGUAUGCCUCCAGAUGCAGAAUAUGAUGCGGCAAGCAUUUGAGAGCUUUAUGGAAGCCAUUAGGCUGGAUCCACAGAAUGCAUGUGCCCUUACUCACUGUGGAGUUAUUUACAAGGACGAAGGUCACCUGAUGGAGGCUGCUGAGUCAUAUCAGAAGGCUUUAAAGGCAGAUCCUUCGUACAAACUUGCUGCAGAAUGCCUUGCCAUUGUCUUAACAGAUCUUGGCACCAGUCUAAAACUUGCUGGUAACACUGAGGAGGGCAUUCAGAAAUAUUGUGAAGCUCUAAAAGGAGACUGCCACUAUGCGCCUGCAUAUUAUAACCUUGGAGUGGUUUACUCUGAGAUGAUGCAAUAUGAUUUAGCUCUGAGUUGCUAUGAAAAGGCUGCCUUAGAGAGGCCCUUGUAUGCUGAAGCAUACUGCAACAUGGGAGUUAUAUAUAAGAACCGUGGGGACUUGGAUGCAGCCAUUGCUUGCUACGAAAGGUGUUUGACUAUUUCUCCAAACUUUGAGAUUGCUAAAAACAACAUGGCAAUUGCUUUGACAGAUUUGGGAACAAAGGUUAAACUGGAAGGUGAUAUCAACCAAGGAGUGGCAUACUACAAGAAAGCAUUGUAUUACAAUUGGCACUAUGCUGAUGCGAUGUAUAAUCUUGGUGUUGCAUAUGGCGAAAUGCUGAAAUUUGACAAGGCAAUUGUAUUUUAUGAACUUGCACUACACUUCAAUCCUCAUUGUGCGGAGGCAUGCAACAAUUUAGGAGUAAUUUAUAAGGAUAAAGAUAAUCUCGACAAAGCUGUGGAAUGUUAUCAGAUGGCUUUAUCAAUUAAACCUAACUUCUCACAGUCAUUAAACAACCUUGGAGUUGUUUAUACUGUUCAGGGUAAAAUGGAUGCUGCUGCAAGCAUGAUUGAGAAAGCCAUUGUAACCAAUCCUACAUAUGCAGAAGCGUAUAAUAACUUAGGGGUGCUUUACAGAGAUGCAGGCAAUAUUUCUCUGGCUAUAGAGGCAUAUGAGAGAUGCCUUCAGAUUGAUCCUGAUUCACGUAAUGCAGGCCAGAACCGAUUGCUUGCUAUGAACUAUAUACAUGAGGGCUCAGAUGAUAAGCUUUUUGAGGCUCACAGUGAAUGGGGAAGGCGCUUUAUGAAGCUAUAUCCACAGUACACCAGUUGGGAUAAUCCCAAGGAUACAGAACGGCCACUAGUAAUUGGAUAUGUGUCCCCUGAUUAUUUUACUCAUUCUGUGUCAUAUUUCAUAGAAGCUCCCCUUUCACACCACGACUAUACAAAUUACAAGGUGGUCGUGUACUCUGCAGUUGUGAAGGCAGAUGCCAAGACCCUUAAAUUUAAGGAUAGGGUCUUGAAAAAGGGUGGAUUAUGGAGAGAUAUUUAUGGGAUUGAUGAGAAGAAGGUUGCUAGCAUGGCUAGAGAUGAUAAAGUUGAUAUAUUGGUAGAACUCACAGGUCAUACUGCAAACAAUAAAUUAGGAAUGAUGGCCAGCCGGCCUGCCCCUGUUCAGGUAACUUGGAUUGGAUACCCAAAUACAACUGGUUUGCCUACAAUUGACUACAGAAUUACAGACUCAUUAGCUGAUCCGCCUGCUACCAAGCAGAAGCAUGUUGAAGAGUUGGUUCGUCUACCUGAAUGUUUUCUUUGCUAUACGCCUUCCCCAGAAGCUGGUCCUGUUUCUCCAGCACCAGCUCUUUCCAAUGGGUUCAUUACCUUUGGGAGCUUCAAUAAUUUAGCAAAGAUAACACCCAAAGUAUUGCAAGUUUGGGCAAGGAUAUUAUGUGCGCUUCCAAAUUCCCGACUUGUAGUCAAGUGUAAACCCUUCUGUUGUGAUAGUGUAAGGCAAAGGUUUCUUUCCAUGUUGGAGCAACUGGGACUGGAACCUUCACGUGUCGAUCUUUUACCUUUAAUUCUUCUGAACCAUGACCAUAUGCAAGCAUAUUCUUUAAUGGAUAUCAGCUUGGAUACAUUUCCAUAUGCAGGAACAACAACUACAUGCGAGUCUUUAUACAUGGGGGUUCCAUGUGUUACAAUGGCUGGUUCAGUACAUGCUCACAAUGUUGGUGUCAGCCUUCUCACUGAAGUUGGGGUUGGGCAUUUGAUUGCCAGAACAGAAGAGGAAUAUGUCCGGUCAGCAUUGCAACUGGCCUCUGAUAUCCCAGCUUUAGCAGAGCUGAGAAUGACUCUUCGGGAACAAAUGAAGAAGUCACCAGUGUGUGAUGGAGCAAAAUUCACACGAGGGCUAGAGUCUGCAUACAGAAGCAUGUGGCACAGGUAUUGUAAUGGUGACAUGCCAGCCCUCAGGCUCAUGGAGUUGAUGCAACAACAGCAGCCACUUUCAGAGCAAGUUUCAAUAAAAUUUUCUGAACCCAAAGCAGAUACUGCACAAGAAAAUCACAUUGGGCCAGUGAAGAUGAAUGGUGCGAGUUCCGUUGCAUCAUCCACCCCAAACCCUUCCAGCUGCAAGGAAAAUGGAAACUGAUGCAGAUAUUGAAGAGCUGGGUUUAUUUGCAAGUGCUUUGCCUGCAGAGAUGUGUAUUUAUGCAGGAAGAACAUACUGCCGUCAAGACCAAAACCAUGGAGCAUUGCAUGCUCAAAUUGUUGGGUUUUUCAACCUUUAAUUCACAAAAGUUUGUUGGAACAAUGCUGUUUAUGUAAGAGAUGGCAAUGGCACGGCUCGGUCAGUCAACAAAUGGAGCAUAACCAUGAUGGAGGCAGGCAGGAGCUGUUACGAAAUUUUUAUUAGUAGAAGAUGAACCUCAGGGUUGGGGAUAGUGCCGAGGCUCUAGGCAUGAUUGUUAGAGGGGCAUUUUCAGACUGAUAAGAAAAUCAUAUACUAGGUUUGUAAAUUUAGAUGCAGGCAAUCUUAGAAAAAUGAAUUAAUUGCAACUUUCGUUCAGAUUACAGAUAGGUUGAUCCUUGAAGCAGUGGCACCAUUGGAAGUGCCAGUAGAUUUGUUUAAUAGCGAGUGUGAAUUUCUCCUCCGUUAUUUUCUUGUCUUUUCCCUUUUCAAAGCUCUGUUGUUAUCUAUUCUACUUCUAUUUAUCCAUCAACAUACGAUGGAAAAGGCUUCAAGGCAGUGUGAUGGAAUGCUGGGAUCAUCACAAUACUUGCAAUGAAAUUUAAGAAUCAUGUUCAUGAUAUCUUCGCAUAAA